AUAGGAAAGAUUUAUUCACACCCAUUCUAAAUAUAUAUAUAUAUAUAUUUUCUCUCUCUCCCUUUUUUCCUUCUUUUCUUCAAUAUGUCUACUGUUGCUGUUAUGAAACCAUUUGUUAUGAAAAAUAUGCCUACCAUAGGCUUAAAUAGAUAUCCACCUAAAAUGAAUAAAAGUCAUACAAAGCAACAGGGAAUCAAUCCUACUAAAGAGAAAAAGAAUACUCCUUCAAAAAAAGUAUCUGCUUCUGCUCCUACAACUCCACAACAGAGAAGAACCGUAUUACCUGUUAAACAAAGAAGAGUUGAACGUAGAAAGGAAAUAAAAUCCAUGACAGAAGCCAUUCUUCACCUUGACUUACCCUCUUCUUCUUCUUCUUCUGAAUCCGACGACUCCUUGGACACUUUACAACAAAAGAGACCUAACAUAAAGAAAAAAAAGUCUCAAGGAAACAAGAAACAUCACAGUGCAUCACCCUCUCCAGUACUUGUCCAUACUCUUUCUACUCUGAUAACAAAAAAGGAGAGCAACUCAAGAAAUCGUCGUAGAUCAACCAGUGCUGUCGAUUCUAGAAGCAGCGCCACAGUCUAUGCUGGUCCCACGUUUAACAAUGCACCUGCACCAAGUGCUUUACCUUUACCAGCCUUUUCGUAUAGUACCAAUACUCAUCUUCAGCAACAUUCUAGAGAUUUAAUGAACCUCUUAUCUCACUCACAUCAAGAGCGUUCUUUUGAACAAGACCUCUCUCAAAUUCAAAGAGAUUUGAGGUCUAUGCUCAAGAUUUAAAUUUUCUGUACAUGACUCUUUCCCUCUUUCUCCCUUUUUUUUUUUUAUAUUCCCCACCAAAAAAGCACAACAUACCCUACUUUAGUUUGUAUAUUCCUCUAGUUUUUAUGAUGCGUGUGUGUAUGAGAGAAAGAGUGUGUACAUGUAUCGUUAUAUAUAUCUAUCUUGCCUGCUAUAUAUGUUUAAGGGCUACUUUUGCAUAUUCUUUUUUUUUUAAUGUAAACAACGAUAAAAUGAAUAAAAAGAAUGUCAUUUGUUUAAAA